AUGAUAUAUGGAAAGGCGGACGAGGUCCAGGUUCCGAGCCUGGACCUUUUGACGUUUCUGUUUGACAACGAGUCGUCCCGAGCCAAGGAAUCGACACCACUCUUCACCGAGGCGCACGACCCCAAGGCCAUCAUCACCACAGCCCGCGCGCGCCACCUCGCCACUGCAUUUGCCCACUUCCUGCGACACAACUAUGGCAUCGGCGCGUCAGGCCCGGCGCGCGACGUCGUCGUCACCGUCUCGACGGGCCAGUCCGCCCUCCCGUGCCUCUUCUACGGCGUCAUCGCCGCAGAGGGCAUCUACUCGGCCGCAUCCCCCGCCGGCACGCCCAAGGACCUCGCGCGGCAGAUCACCGACGGGCCGGGCAAGCUGCUCGUCUGCAGCGCCGACGUCAAGGCGCAGGCGCUUGAGGCCGCGAAGCUCGCGGGGCUGCCAGAGCAUAACGUCCUGGUCUUGACGUCGUACCCGAGCGUAUCGCUCGAGAGCGCCGACGGGCGCGUGCGCUGCGACUUCGAGAAGCACCUGCCGUGGAAGCGCAUCACGGACGCGCGCGAGCUCGCCGACCGCACCAUCUGCAUCCUGUACUCGUCGGGCACGACGGGCCUGCCCAAGGGUGUCCUCGUGUCGCACGCCAACGUCGUGUCCGAGUCGUACAUCACGGCGCACAUGAACCGCCCCGUCGUCGACACGUGGAGCGACUACACGUCGCGCACGAUCGCGCACCUGCCGACCGCGCACAUCGCUGGCGUGCAGGGCUACUUCAUCAACCCCAUCUACGAGGGCGCGCUCGUCUUCUGGAUGCCCGGCUUCAAGCUCGACGACUUUGUGCGCUACGUCGAGGAGCUGCGCGUGAGCAUGUUCUUCACCGUGCCGCCCAUCUACGCCGCCAUCGCGAAGCACCCGGCCGUCAAGAAGCAGUUCUCGAACGUGCGCAUGGCCAUUGGCGGGGCGGCGCCGCUGAGCAAGGAGAUUCAGGUGGCGGCGAGCGAAAAGAUUCAUCCCGAGGCGACGGUGACGCAGGUUUGGGGCUUGAGUGAGACGACGGGAGCCAUUACGCACACGAAACCGGGCCGUAAGGACACGGUUGGCAGCUUAAGCCCGCUGAUGCCAAAUGUAACGCUGCGACUUGUCGAUGACAACGACAAGGACGUAGCUCCUGGGCAACCAGGCGAGGCGCUCGUCAAAGGCCCCAUGAUCACAAAGGGCUACCACAACAACCCCGAAGCCAACAAGAACUCAUUCACUGCCGACGGCUGGUUCCGCACCGGCGACAUCAUCCGCAUGGAGGGCGACCUCUUGUACAUAGUCGACCGCAAAAAGGAACUCAUCAAGUACAAGGGCCUGCAAGUCGCGCCCGCCGAGCUCGAGGGCGUGCUGCUCGCGCACCCGGCCGUCGCCGACGCGGCCGUCAUCGGCGUGCCCUUUGACGACACGGAGGCGCCGCGCGCGUACGUGGUGCUUGCGCCGCCCGCCCACGGCAAGGUCUCCGCGGCGGACGUGGCCGCGUACGUCAAGGGCCAGGUCGCGAGCUACAAGCAGCUGCGCGGCGGGGUCAAGCUCGUGGACGCGGUGCCGCGCAGCCCGGCGGGCAAGAUCCUGCGCAAGGAGCUGCGCGAGAUUGUCCGGCGGGAGAUGCAGGAGUCGAAGCUGUGA